AUGUCUGAACCUGCCCCAACUCCCCCUCCCGAUACACCUCCCCCUGCGUCUCCGGCUCCACCGUUAUUGGACGACGAUGACCUUCCCGUGGCGGCGGCGUCUCCUCCCUCGCGCGAUCUCGGUGCCACUCCACCUGCUGCCGACACUGCCAACGACGACGGACGCCCUCGCACUCCCACUGGGACCCAACCUCCUGUUCAUGUAUUCAAUACGCCGGUCUCUCUUCCAUCGAACCGGCCGCUCGCCUCUCGAAAACUCCAGAGUCAAGACGUCGAUCUGGCGACAUUGAAGACAGAGGCCGGCGGUGAGGCAUCAAGGCUACGAGUUGGACCAGUGUCCAUGAAGGACUUUAUGCGCCUUACCUUCGGC